AUGAACUUCGUCUUCGUGCUCAGAAUUAUGCCUAAGUACACAGUAUUUGCACUUGCCGUCCUUGUGGUCAUCGCCAUGGCCCAUCCAGAUAACCGCCUAAAUAUGGCUACUCUGCUCCCACACCCUCUUACACACCCACCGACUGGUAACGACUUCGGGCAUGAGAAAGCCCGUGAUAGCGACCACACAAGGGGAUCCUACUACGACUUUCUUUCCGACGGUCGUCUUCAGAUGGUCACCUACAAUGUGAACAGAGACUCCGGUUACGUGGCUGAUGUCAUUUACGAGGGAGAGGCUCAGUACCCCACACCAAUGGCCUCCUAUGGUCCUCCUCAGCCUUCCUACAAGCCGCCCCACCUCUCCUAUGCUUAA